GUCGGGUUUCUCGGCAAGAGAUGAACAAUGGAGACGGCCGCCCUUUCUUUAGCCCGUUGCCCCACUUGCGUUUCUCUUACUGCUCGUAGCUUCGCUCUCGUUUUCUUGGCAGAGAAGGGCGGCUCACCGUCCGCCACACCCCUCCCCGACUCGCCCCCUCUUACUUCUGGGCUGGCAGCCCCGUCAGUUGACCGGGGCUCUCUCGCUAGCUAGGAGCUCUCACUGGUGCCUCGAUGCAGUCCGCCAGCCUCAAUAUGCAGCCCUACGACGCGAAGGAUCAGGGCGCGCCCGCUCCCCCUUACGCCUACCCGAGGGGCGCCGUGGCCCCGGCGUUGCCCGCGCGGCAGCCGCAGGACUACGUGCUUUGGUCCUUGUUCAACUUCGUGUUCAUGAACGCCUGUUGCCUCGGCUUCGCCGCCGUCGUCUUCUCCUUUAAGUCACGGGAUCGUAAAGUUGUUGGAGAUGCUGAAGGUGCAACCAGCUAUGGCAAUACAGCUAAGAGUCUGAAUAUUGCUGCGCUGAUACUGAGCAUCUUGUUCUUCAUCAUCAUCAUCAUCCUGAUUGCUACUGGUGCAAUAGCAAUGCAACAUUUGGCACAACAGAUGAGGGAGGAUCAUCGCAAUACUCUGGACGAUUAUUUCCAGAGGAAUGGCAAAUAGAUCUUCUAUCCAGGAUAUUUUCCCCAGGGUCCAUGUCAUCCUCAACAGGCAUUGGCUGCUGUUCUUUUGACUUUGAUAGUACCUGUCCUGCUCUUUCAAUUGCAAAGAAUAAGGCAUUCCACAAUACCGCUUGAACUGCUUGAAUUUUUCAAAAGCCAGAGGUUUAUGUCCUCACCUAAAGCCCUGAGCCCAUUGCUUGUUUACCAAGGCCCAUGAGGGAUUGGGCAGAUCAUCUUGAUUUGCUCAAACUAGAUCUGAAAAUUGACACAGAAGGAAGACCUUAGAUCAGGGCAAAGAUUCUACUAUCCUGGGAUCUGGCUUUGUGCCUUUCCAGUUCCUGUGGCUGAUGGCAAUUAUGGCUGUUUCUCUUUGUUGUUCUGACACACUUACUACUAAAGAUAUAUUCCAGAGCUUUCCUGCAUUGAAAUGUGAAGUCUAUGGUGGAUUUUGAGCAAAUAAAUAUAUCCUAUGGGUUUUGUGUAAAA